ACACGUUAAUGUCUCCGGGUAAACGUCUCUCGCAUUCCUACCUAACCGCUGUUCCCUCCGUUCAUUUGUUUGCCAACUAAUUGCUUUUCAUCGUUUGAGUUUAUUUCCAUCUCCGACAUCAAAAUGCCUUUGAAGUUCGAGCUGUGUCCUGGUCGCAUGAUCGGAGGGAGCCACCCGUGCUUCAUCAUAGCUGAAAUUGGACAGAAUCACCAAGGAGACAUUGACAUCGCCAAGAAGAUGAUCAAGAUGGCAAAGGACUGUGGUGCAGAUUGUGCCAAAUUCCAGAAAAGUGAGUUGGAGUACAAAUUCAACAAACGAGCACUGGAGCGUCCAUACACCUCCAAAAACUCUUGGGGGAAGACUUAUGGAGAGCACAAGCGCCAUCUAGAGUUCAGCCACGAGCAGUACAAGGAGCUGCAGAAGUACGCUGCAGAGGUGGGGAUCUUCUUCACAGCAUCAGGGAUGGACGAGAUGGCAGUGGAGUUUCUCCAUGAGAUCAAUGUGCCUUUCUUCAAAGUGGGCUCUGGAGACACCAACAAUUUUCCCUAUCUGGAGAAAACUGCCAAGAAAGGUCGUCCCAUGGUGGUCUCUAGUGGGAUGCAGUCUAUGGAGACAAUGCGUCGGGUUUACAAAACGGUGAAAGAGCACAAUGAAAACUUUAUGAUCCUGCAGUGCACGAGCGCCUACCCGUUGGAGUCUGAAGAUGUCAACCUCAAAGUGAUCACGGAAUACCAGAAGGAAUUUCCUGACAUUCCCAUCGGGUAUUCUGGCCAUGAGUCUGGAAUCAACAUUUCAGUGGCAGCUGUAGCUCUGGGAGCGAAGCUUAUCGAGCGUCACGUAACCCUGGACAAAACGUGGAAAGGAAGUGACCACGCAGCUUCCCUGGAGCCCUCUGAACUGACUGAGCUGGUUCGGUCCAUUCGACUGGUGGAGAAAGCCCUGGGAAGCGGCAUCAAGCAGAUGCUGCCCUGCGAGAAGCCGUGCCACGACAAGUUGGGCAAGUCGGUAGUUGCCAAGGUAAAGAUCCCCAAAGGAACAGUCCUGACUCUGGAUAUGCUGGGGGUGAAGGUGGCCGAGCCCAUGGGUGUUACAGCCGAAGACAUCUUCCAACUGGUCGGUAAAAAAGUGACGGAGGAGGUGGAGGAAGACGAAAGCAUCACGCCUGAGGUGGUGGACAACUAUGGCAAGAAGUCCAAGUUCUGAAAACAGAAUUAAGUUUGAAGUUGGCAUGAAAAAGGCACUUAUUUUGAGGGGAAAGGUAACUGAAUUCUUGAGGAAUACAUUUGAUUUUGUUCAAGAGGGCACAUGGAGGAGAUUAAAGGGUAAUUUAUGUCAAUGGGAGCAGGAUUUCUGACAUCUAAGACUUGGACCAUCAGUAACUUGAUAUGUGUGUGGACGGUGGAGAUCAACUGUUUUCACAACUCUGAUAAAUAAUGGUCCUUUCUAGCAUCUUAUUUCUUCAAAAACUUAUUCUUAUUUUCAAAAACUAUUAUACUGUUUCUGGAAAC